GACUCCCCGAUUGUGCAAGCCUCCCCACGCCGCGCUGCAGCUCGCGCUCGCUCAGACCCCGUACCCCAUGUGCCACUCGCCGCGGGUAGACCCGGCGAGACUACGAUCGGGCUUUUGCUAUAGUAAUUAGGAUCAUGCCAGCUCAAUACUUAGGCACGUGCCUCGUCGACGUCUGUGGGGCCGGAACCACGACCAUGUUGUUGAACUGAAGCAGAAUGAACAUGAUGGUGAUGAGCGAUUUCUUAUCUGGACACUCCAACCUAUCUGCCCUGCAAAUUAUCGGUUCUUGUGUGUCGUCUCUGUUGGGACCAACUAAAACUGUCAAGUGCCUGUUUGACGAGGAAAGCAACGAGGGUGUGUUGAUAACAAGUACAAAUGAGCUACUACAAGGAUUAGAUAUUGAGCACCCAGUUGGUCAGUUGGUGAGAGAGUUCUGUUUGUCUCAAAACAAAUGCCAAGGGUCUGGUUGUACUACAUUGGUCACUCUUGCAGGACUUUGGGCUGCCAAUGUCCAGACAUUACUUGAUCAGGAUGUUCCCAUACAGGAAAUCAUCAGAGUGGGAGAUGAAUUAAUUCAGGAAUGUGAGGAUUUCAUUGACCGAAGUGCAAUAUCCAUACGCGCUGUAUCCAAAUCCGAAACAGUCAUGGGUGACGGAAGUUCUUCUGUAUCACUUCAAAGUUCUGAUCGUCAAGAACCUUCUGACCUAUGGGGCACCACCGACAGAUGUUUUCUGAAUCAGAACAGCAAUAACAGUUGUGCCUUACCAUCGCAUGUAACAUUCCAGAUUACCACUCAGGAAAGAACUUACCCUUUGGAGAGGAAGCAUGCAGUUUCAUCUGAUCUUCCAGAAUGUAACUCUUCCUCUGUGACAACACAUUCAGGUACAGUUCAUUCUAUGAGAAGUGCACAUGCAAAUACAGUCCUUCCGAAGAGUGGGGCUUAUGCAGGUACAGUUCAUUCAACGAGCAAUGCCAUAUGUGACACCGCAAGUGCUAAUUUGAAGGAAGAUGACGAUGAUGAUGUUAGUUGGUUCUUUGAAAAUGAUUCUCAGUACAGUAGGUACACAUCAUUGGAGACCGACUGUGAAGGUUCAGGAACACUGACUAGAAAACUUGAUGAUAUCUCUUUGCAUGGACAUGAACAAGCAGACGCUUGGUGUGUUGAGCAAGCGGUCGCAGUGGAAGAUGAUGAUGAAUGGUUGUUCAAUCAUACAUCAUUUUGUGGCGUAAGUAAAAGUAAUGAUCAUCAAAAGGCUAACAUGGGUUUAAUGCGAGGGGACGACAUCUCAUUGGAAAUUAUAAACUCCAAAAUUUUCGAAGACAGAAGGAAUCCUGGAGAAAGAACCUCAGAAGCUUCAUGCCGAAAGCCGGAAGUGGAACUGAUUCGAACCGAAGAGACAUGUGACCAACGAAUAUGCAGGGAUGCUCAAUCUCUGUUGGCACAGAAUCAAACGGUCCCAUUUGAAGGGAAAUCCGUCAAUGAAACUUCUCAAAAAAGAAGUGAGAGAUUGGAAUCUCUGCUGAAGAGUGCAAUAAUACAGAAACCAUCCAACCCUAGCAAGGGUCGUCCUCGCAUUAUGAGUCGCCACCUUCUUGCCGAUGAAUUAAAAAAGUCUGCAUCAUCAAAAACUUUUGUGCAUGGAUGUGAAACUAAAAUGACCUCCAGAGUACUUAGUCAGGGUUACAAGACAGAUGAAAAGAGAAGAGAUAUUCCUUCGUUUGCUCUGGGAGACACUUCAUCAGAUCUCAUGCCCACACAAGCUGUUCAAAUGUGCAUUCAGAAUGUACACGAAGAUGGCCAAAGAAUUCUUGCAGAUAAGAUGAUGCCAACCCAGGAAGCCAUCCUACAAGCAGAAUUAUCCAGUGAAAUUAAAUUACUUGGGGAACGUCUGAAUCAUGGGGCAGUGUUUGAGAUGAAGUUAGCCAUUGAAGCUUGUCAGAUACAGCUCAAAUCAAGUGAAGAUCCUCAAGGAUUCAAUUUCCAGCCAGACCUGAUUCACAUUCAACCUAUAACAGGGCCAGCAGUAUCCUCGUCUUGCUGCUUGGAUGGUCUUGUGGUUCCUGUUGAUGAGAAUCAGCUCGGCACGCUCCGGAAGGUGACAGGAAGGAGGAUGACUGCAUUGCUUGUUAAUGGUGACUUAGAAGAAUCCUACAAGCAUAGAGGUUUCAAGGAUAGUCUGAAGUCAUCAGGUGUUAUAUCGGAUAUCCUUACACCAGGCUCUAGCUCAGACUGGACACACAGUGUCCUUUCUUCCAUAAAGAAGCUGAAUAUUAACAUGCUGUUGGUUCGUGGAUCUGUAGGCUCCUCCUUGGUUGAUGCAUGCUGCUUUCAUCAUAUCCUUAUCAUUCAGCAUGUGCCUUACAGAUUGCUUCAGCUACUAGGGACUGUAUUCAAGUCUAACCUUAUAGUCUACAUUCAAGAUGCAUUUCAGGAUGAUGUAUGUCAGGAUAUGAAGGUGACAUACUGGUCAUCGGGAUAUGACCCGCACCCAAUAGUGAGAUCCAGAGAGUUAAAGAUCAAACGUCAUGUUCAGAUUCUCUGUCCUGCCAAUGUCAUGACCAUUGUUUUGAACGCUCCAUCGGAACCACUGCUAACUGGUGUAGAACAUCGGCUUCAUUCGUGCAUGGCAAUGCUAAAGAGUUCACUGCGUGAUGGGAAGGUUAUACCAGGUGGUGGUACGAUUGAACAACGUCUUGUGGAGAAGUUGAUGCGCAAGACAGAAAACGGCUCAGAUUUCCACCAAUACCAACAGAGACUCAUUUAUGAGAACUUGGCUCAGGGAUUCAGAUCAUACACACAGCUCUUGGACCAGAACAUUGACCAACAUCAACUAAUGGGGGAUGCAUCCCAUGAUGAACCUGGCCGUUCCAGUGAUGUAUAUGACUGCUUUUCGGCCAAGAAAGGGGCGUGGCAGAGGGCGUGGCACCUCUUGAGACAGGUUUUGCUUUGUGAUGCUCUGAUCAUCACUGGCGUUGGUCAAGAUGACAAGACUUUGGAAAGGAUUCUUUGAGCAUCCAUGUGUCCUGGACAGUGACGGGCAACAGAUCUUCUAAUGUUUGUUAUGGUGAUAUAACGGACUUCUCAGCCCACACAGAUGGCUUGCUGAAUACAAACUUCAGCUUUCAGUUAGCCUCUAGUCAGAAGGGAAAAGGGGCUACUCAGAAGAAAUUAGGAGCUCAACUGAUGAAUCUUGCGAUUAUGGAUCAAAAUCUCUGUUCUCCAGGCAAUCCUAUGAAGCCGAUGCAAAAGUCGAAGAUUCACGGAGCAAGAAAAGGAUGUCAUUCAUCUGCUUUGUGAAGAAUUCAUCAUAGAAAGCCGACCACCACGAAGAGCGACUCUCAGAUCAGCGCCAAAAGAAAACGGAAAGAUGGCCACAGUGCUGCAGAAUAGGAUACGUGAACAGUUGAAGGAUCAGGUUUGAAACGUGAUUGAUAAAAAAACAACUAAUGAUGAUAAUGUCAAUAAUGAUAUUAAUCCAGUACCUUGUACCUUGUCAAAUCCAUCAAAAUUAUAUUAAGAGUGUUUUUUAUUUUUCAGUUUUAUUUUUACAAUGUCACAUGCAGGAAAGAAGCUUCCUGCAUGUAUACAUAUGUCAUAUACCGAAUCUUGCUGUAACAUUUUGGUGUUGUGAAACCGGGUACUCAUCAUUGAAAACUGGACGGGCAAUGGGUACCUAGAGGAAAAGAAAAUAUACAAAUAAAACCCAUUGUCGGUCAGUUUAAAGUAUAGAGUUCAUUCUUAAAACAAGAUCAGGGCUCCAUAACACAAAGAUUAGCGAUCAAUCGCUAAAUGGACUGACCAAUAAAGAUCAAUGUUACAUGCGCAUUUGGUUUAAAAUACUGACCAGGAACCAAUCGUUGUGGUUCUUUCAUAUUUGCAAUUCAUCGCAAAUCUUUGUGUUUCGUAGCCCUGGAGUGAUUAUUUAGGGAGGUUGGUCAGGAAUAUGCCCGUCGGCGGUUUCAGAAUAAAAGUCGAUUUUAAUGGAAGUAUGUGAUCUAUAAUUGUAGUAUAGCAUCUCUGUAACCCUCACAGCACAUUACAUAUUUUCCCUGCCCUCCAAGUAUGUCUGCCCCUCAUCCAUGCUCUUCUGCCUUUUUUAUGUUUUUUGUUUUUGUUUUGAAGUUAUGUGGAGGUCUUUCAUAUUAAUAUUUAUAAUAAUAUAGGAUUUGUGUAGCGCACCUUGCUAGGUGCUCAAGGCGCUCCUAUAUUACCCCGGCUAAGCUAGUCUACCGAUUCUGGUGCUCACAGCUUUUUAAGGAAUUACUUCCUGCCGGUCCCCAUUUACCUCACCUUGGUUGAGUGCAGCACAGUGUGGAUGAAUUUCUUGCUGAAGGAAAACUUAUAAAACAUAUUAUAGUAUUGACUCCAUUUGUUUUCCAUUGAACCAGAAUAUCUGGCUGGGCUGUAGAAGGGAAAUGGACAAGUGGAGAAAUUAGUAAAAAGAAUAGUAAGAAAUGUGAAACUUUCCUCAAAUUCCAAUUCCAUUUCCUCAUACCCUUAACAAUCCUCUCUCACAAACUGGUACCAAAAUUUGAAUGUUUCACAUUUUUGUGACCAACGUUCUCGCCAGGUUCAUUCUGACGCUUGGCGGCGUGAAGCGACGCAAGCCGCGCAGCGGCCUCGGUGUGUGCGAAGCGCGGUAGCUAUCGAAAAUAUCAAUAUCGACGAGCUUAGAUUGCUGCUAAAUGCACCACAUUUUAUGUCUAUUUAAUGCUUCUCCGGCCACACAGCCGUAACGGUUGCGCAAAUUGCGAUUGAAGCAGAAAGGCAAGUACUGAUGAAAAAGGUCAAAGGCAAUGAUUUAAAUUCAAUCUCAUAUUAUACUUACAGUUUAUAGAUUUAUUCACAUCGAUGACAUCGAUAAAUGUUCUUUCUUGACUUUUGCCUUGUACCCUCUCUUCCUACAGUACUCGUUCAUGUACUCUUCAGCACUGCGCCACCAUGUAUUGUCUUUCAGAUCUUGAUGGGUACUGACUGCAAGCCGCAUGCCUGUAUCUGUUUUCCACGUCUUUGCUGUGCAUGCUUUUGUAUGUGCUUACUGCGCGAGGCUCUAAUGGACAGUCUGGUCUAUGAAUCGAUGUCACAAUGUUAGGUGACAUCUGGUGUAGCAGACUCUGCAUGCAAUGGACCUGUUCGGUUUGUUUCUGUAUUGAUAUCGCCGGUGUCGAGUCCGGUCCGCAUGCAGCUUCUACCCCCUCUAAACUGAAUACCCCACACCAUCCCAUCAUCUUAUCAGACACUUGCUUUCUUAGAUUGUAUCUAUUCAUAAAGCCAAUCUGUUCGGAUUGUGCAAGCCAUGGAUGUUCACUGUCUAGUUUCUAGUUUCUGUUGUCCCAAUGUUAAGCUGACCAGUGAAUCUGUAAUUGAAUAAAUUAUAUUAUAUUAUAUUUCUGCUAUAUUGUUUCACUAUUACCAAAGUAUAACCUGAGUAAGUUUUUGACUUACCUUUCUCUCCAGCUUCUGGUUGUCUGUCCUUUGUGCUUCCAUGCUUGAGAUUUUCUCGGCAUUGCUCCUGAAUUGAUUUCAACAUGUUUCUGUUCUCCAACAAGCAAAGUCGUAAUAUGGUAUCUUCUGUUUUGGCACUCCUUUUAACAGUGGUGUUGUUGUUUCUCUAUAGACUCCUGUGCUUUCUCCUUCAGCGUAUUCAUUAUCAACACUUAAACCAUGCAGAGAAAAUUUGUUUACCUUUGCCUUGGUUGGAACUUGGAAGAAAACUCUUUUAAAGCAGAACCCCCCCC